AUGAAAAGUAUAAACGAGAAAGAAAAAAAACUAGAAAACUUUUUCGCAGACAAAGUUAGCAAGGCCAUUAGCAAAGAAGAGUUAAAUAAAAUAGGGAAAGAAGUCGAAGAAGAAUUAUAUAACCAAAUCGCGGCUAAUCCUAAUGAUAAUCAGCGACCAAACCAACAAGGUCCAAGUCAGCAAGGUCCGAGUCAGCAGCCGAACCAAAAUGAUAAUAACUCGGCCAAAAUUACCCAAUUACAGCAGGAAAUCAAUG